GUUACAUUCCUCGUGACUGUUAGUCGCUUAACCUUCAAGUUUUAUUUAUCAUAGCGACAGUGUAAAUUAGGGACAAACCUAAUGUUUAUUAUUAUUUCUAAGGUAUUAGAAACUACAAAAUUAUUAGAAGGUUCAUUUAUCACUCGACAGUUUGUUGUCAUCAGACGAACCUGUUAUGAAGUGGUGUAGACACGAUAAAAAUCCACAUUCUUUCGAUAGGUACUAUCGCUUACUUAAUACUUUCAUAUUGUGUCUCUUUUUUGAGGGGGAUUGGCUAGAAAACUUAGGUUGGGUGUGUAUAAUUCAUGCUGUUGUUCCCGUCAUUCGUUAUCAAAUUUAGUGGCUCAGGCUUAUAGGCUAAAAUCUCCGGGAUUUUAAAGUGCUGGGGGUUACAUGGCGAACCCAUAUAUUCCUAAAAAAGUAUGGAAGGUUCUGGCAACUUCGAUGAAGUUUUGUUCUCUGAGCUGGAUGGCUUGAACGUUGAGCUUUCAUCAUCUUUCUGAACGUCAUCAUCAGCACAAACUUGAGUGCAGUGUUUGAAUUUCUCCACAUAUAACAGCUUGUCCUGUAGACCUCGAUGUUGAUUAGUUAUUGUUGACUUUUAACCUGUCAUUGUUUACUUUAUUUUGAUUGUAUCUCCCAUUGAUUUGAUCCUUGGUCCUAUGUUUGUCCGUAAUUUAUUUGAUUUGUUAGUAAUUUGGAUAGGUUUUAAUGUGUUUGUCGAUCACUAAUUGACUUGUGUGCCAAGCUUCUAAAAAUUCUUUGGUCUUUUUAGAAUCACUUCCAUUCACAUUCAUUGAUGAAAGUGAGGAUAUCUCAUUGCGUUUAACCGCUAAUUAAUGUUCGUGCAUGAGAAAACGAGGAGGGUGUCCGCUUUAUCUGACGUGGUUGUUUUCACAGUUGGAGCAAUUUAUUGUGUAGACGAUGUUCGGUUUUUCUGUUGUCAUUUUGUCCUAUGGUUUGCAUAGGAUUAAUUGAGGUGAUUUUGUUGGUUUGUGUGCUGCACCUAUUCCAAAAGGUUUCAACAAUCUUUUAGUUUUUGACAUGCCUUUUAUAUAUGGUGGGAUGUUCUGUUUGUUGGUUUCUGUGCUUGGUUUUGUUUGUCUUGAUGCAUUUGGUUGGUAUUUUUUGGUGUUGAUUGAGUAGCCGUUCCUUUAAAGGAUAGUCUUCAAGGAUUUUUCUCCAUUUUUCUGCGCUACAAGUGUGUUGCAGUGUGUCCUCUCACUUUUGAACAAAGUUUGCACGCAGUUGAUUUUGUGAGCUCUUGGUUUGUUGCUACUGUAAUUGAGGAUUCGAUUCGUGUGGGAUGGCUUCCGAUAUAGUUGAGUCUUCGGUUUCCAUGUGUUGGUUCUGGUGAAUAAUAUAUCCAAGAAUGGUAUUUUGUUGUUUGACUUCUGUUCCAUUGUGAAUUUGAUGUCAUCAAAGACGUUGCUGACCAGAUUAUGGGUGUUUCCCAGCUCGUAUUUUUUGACUAUGAUGAAUGUGUCGUCCACAUAGCGAAUCCAAAUUUUUUGGCUUGAUCACCGGUAAAAUCGAGGCUUCCAGUUUCUAUAUCCCUGCUUCAGUCUGGGUACCCGGGCAGUAUCACAGCUCAUACACAAAUCAAAAGACUUGUGGGGCGCAUAUCUAUUUGGUACCCUCUUGUACCAAUGUUUAUGUGUUUAAAUAAUCUCCGCACCACUGAUUAUGCAAUAAGUCAUGAUAUUGAUGAUCCCAUCAAUGUUUCUUUCGUUUGUUCGUAGAGUUUGUUAUAAAAAUAUGUUAUUAAGCAUUAAUCGAUGAGUUCUAGUAAACUAUGACUUUGAAGCUUCGUGUACUUUGCUAGAUUUGUGUCGUUGGUGAGAAACAGGGAUAGAGUCUCUUUUGCUAAGCUUGGUUCAAUUGAGGUGAACAAGGCUGUUACAUAGAAGGAUAUCAUCAGUUCGUCGUUUAGGAUUUGAAUGUCCUUAAUCUGAUUCAGGAAUUGUAUGGGAGAUUUAAUGGAGUGACUGGAUGAAUCCGCCAAAUGUUUCAAUAUUCGUGAGAUUUCUAUUGGUAAAUUGUAUGUUCGGGUUUCAGGGAGUGCUACGAUUGGACGUAGUGGGAUGUUUGAUUUGUGUAUUUUCGGCCUACCGUAGAAUCGAGGGAGUACUGGUCCGUCGGAUUUCAUUUUUUAUUGAUCUUGAUUUGAUAUUUUUCAUUCUUUGACAAGCUCGUUUAAAAUCCUUGAGAUAUGGUUGUCUUAUCUUUUGACUGUAUUUGAGUUCAUCGGUUUGUAUACACUUUUAUCUUCAAGUAGUUCCCCGGCUUUCCUGGUAUAUUCUUUCUUGUCCAUAAUCACUGGCGUGUUCUUUGUUCGCUGGAACUAUGACAAUAUUUUCUCUAGUCCUGAUUCACUUUAAUACCUUUUGUUCUUGUGAAGUCAGUUAGGUGUUAUCUUUCUUUCAUUGGGUUAGCGGUACUAUGGUUUGUCUUAUUUCCUGUUGAGUUCCUUCACUUAUUCCGGCAGUUUUGAGUAAUGACUCUAUAUGGUUAAGAGUUCUAGUUUUGAGGCGUCACUUGUAUUUUAAACCUUUUUGGAGUAUGUACAUGUAUGUAUAAACAUGCGAGUUAGUCGAGUGAGAUGCAAGCAUGUAUAGCCUGGGUCUUGUUAAUAUAACAUCGCGACUAGGUCAUGUUCUGUGACCUAAAGGUAACUUUUAUUUUGUGUAAACAAGUGGUAUCGCUGCUCCUAAAAGUAUUAAACAAAAUAGUAGAUUAAUAUAUUUGUAAUAUCCCAUUGAGUAGAAAAAUUGAAUUUUCUGACGUUUCGUGACUCGGUGUAAGCCACCUCUUCUGAGUAUAAUUCUACUCAUUGGGAUAUUACAAAUAUAUAAAUAUAUUUAUAAAAAUCUACCUAAUGCUCAAUUUAUUCGAAAUUAUCAAGUCAAACCCUGGUAAUGAUACCUAAAAAAAUAGUAAAGCGACCAACAUAUCAGUAGAUAUGUGGUAGCUAGCUGAAGUGACCUACAUUUAAAAUUCUUUCGCACUAUCUUAUUUCAGUGCUUUCCUAGUUCGGCGAUAUAAUAUGCGUAUGUAAUUCUAGUCUUUUUUUCUGAAGUUUUACUUGUAUGAUUAACUUUUUAUACAGACAUUUAAAUAUCCAUUUUUCCACACUUCAAAAGUUUCGCAGUAGUAGUUGCAGCAACAGUUUCUUACAAUAUAUUACUAAUUACCAUCAAGUUACUUCGUUUCUCAAGUUUAACAUCUCACUACUGUCGAAGUUUGACAGUGCGACUACCGUCAAUGAAGACAGAACAUAUUUUCAUUCCACAAUUUAAUCCUGUCGUCGGAAGAAUGCAGUGGAAAGAUGUGGAUCCAGAUUAUGAAUUUAACCAAGAAAUAGCUCGAUCUGGAUAUGGUGAUAUGCUUCAUGAUUACGAUCGAAAUCAUAAGUAUCGAUUAGCUAUCGAACACACCAUAAAACGUCUUAAACAGCAGUAUCCACAAAAUCCUGUCCAUGUGCUCGAUAUUGGAACUGGAACUGGUUUACUGAGUAUGAUGGCUGUUAAUGCUGGAGCUGAUUUAGUUACUGCUUGUGAAUCCUUUAUUCCAAUGGCAACCUGCGCACUCAAUAUAUUACGGAACAAUGGGUUUAGUGACAAAAUUAACAUCAUACCGAAACGCUCCACUGAUUUAAUUGUUGGAGUAGAUAUGCCGUGCAAAGCUAACGUAUUGGUUGCAGAAUUAUUUGAUACCGAAUUAAUUGGUGAAGGUGCCUUAGAAACAUACAGACACGCAGCCGAGCACUUACUGACACUUGAUGCUUCUCUUUUCCAUGUGCUGCUAGGUUUAUUUACAGGUUAUUUAAUUAAUCUUAGAAUAUUAAUAUUGGAUACAAAUGAAUUGCAUAGUCUACCAUCUGAAAUCGGUUCAUUAACACAAUUAGAAAAAUUAUCUGCAUCAAAUAAUCAAUUGAAAAGUCUACCUACAUCAAUGGAGAGAUUAAAGCAAAUGAAAAGUUUACAUUUGGCGAAUAAUUUAUUCGCUGAAUUUCCUAAACCAAUAUUGAAAUUAACGAAGUUGGAGUUCUUAGAUUUAAGUAGUAAUCAUUUGGAAACUUUGCCAUCAUCUAUAACUGAAUUAAUCAAUUUAGAAAGUUUAUUAUUAUUCGACAAUCGUUUGACCAGUUUGCCAGAAGAUAUUGGUGAAUUACGAAAUUUAAGAUGUUUAUGGUUGGGUGAUAACAGACUGGAAAGUUUGCCACAAUCAAUUGUUGAACUACGUGGAUUGAUAUGGUCACCACUAUUAUCACCAAGUACAACAGUUGGUGGAAACCCUUUAAAAGAUCCACCGAUUAAAGUAUGCUGUGCAGGACUAGAAGAACUGGAUAGAUAUUUCGGUGUAGAAAUAAUUAAAUGA